AUGGAGUAUCUUAAAGGUCAUAAUGCUGCACGUGCUAAAGUUGGAGUUAAGCCAUUGAAGUGGGACAAACAACUAGAAUCACUUGCUCAUGAGUUUGUGAAUGAACAUAUUGCAGAUUGUUAUGGAAUGUAUAUACCUCAUCAUUUUGGUAGUAACUACGGCCAAAACAUUGUACAUAAUCCGAAUCGUGUUUCAGCAGCAUCUGCAGUGGCCACAUGGGUAGCACAGAAACAAAACUAUGAGCCCAAAUCUAACAAAUGCAUUGAUGCUACUUGGAACUUCUCGCAAAUGCCUUGGACCGUGAAAAUUGGUCACUGGUUCAAUUCAUGUCAUCUUCUUACAGUGGAUAUGACACCUCCAGCUUGCAACAAGUAA